GGAGAGGGGAGGGAGCAGGUCCAAGCCCAGCUUGCGCACCCAGCCAGCACUCAGCAGUGCCUGUGCCAAGAACCAGCUUUCUUAAAGCCAUGGGCCCAGGGGCCGGCUUUGCAGGCGGAGGGGAGCCCGGGAGCAGGGGCUGGGAAUCACAGAGGGGAGCCCUCGGCCUCCGGGGUCACCAUGGACAUAAUUUACCUGCGCACACCCCUGGCCUUCCUUCUUCUCCCUCUUGUUGUGCUUGGGGCACCCACUGAUGAACCCAACCUCACAGAACCAGCCCCUGGUGCUUGCAAGCGCUGUUGUGACCCACCGGACUCUUCCACAGAUGCCCCACCGCUUCCUCCCAGCCACCGCCACUUGCCCUACCCAAUGCCGGAGGUCCGUCCCUAUAUCAACAUCACCAUACUGAAGGGAGAGAAAGGAGACCGAGGAGAGCCUGGGAUGCCAGGAAAGUGGGGCAAAGAAGGACCACAAGGUGAGCGGGGUGCCCAGGGCCAGAAAGGCAGUAAAGGACAAAUGGGCACAGCGGGAGAACCCUGCAAGCAUCAGUACGCUGCAUUCUCCGUUGGUCGCAAGAAAGCACUGCACAGCAGCGAGGGCUUCCAGGUCUUGAUCUUUGACACCGUCUUCGUCAACCUCUACAGCCACUUCGACAUGUUCAAUGGCAAAUUCUACUGCUAUGUAGGUGGAAUUUACUAUUUCAGCCUCAACAUCCAUACCUGGAACUUCAAGGAGACCUACAUGCACAUCAUGCACAACGAAGAAGAGGCAGUCAUCUUGUAUGCCCAACCCAGCGACCGCAGCAUCAUGCAGAGCCAGAGCCUCAUGCUGGAGCUUCAGGAAAAUGAUGAGAUCUGGGUGAGGCUCUAUAAGCGGGAGCGAGAGAAUGCCAUUUACAGUGAUGAUGUUGACGUGUACAUCACCUUCAGUGGGUACCUGGUCAAGCCCAGCCUUGACUAA